GCGGUUCUUUUAUGCUUGAUUAUAAUUUUCUUUCUCUAUAGUUCGAUAGUGUCCUUUGAGCCCUUAACAAUAAUGAGUCGGAACACUGUCAACCAAGUAGGAACCCCACCCAUUUUACACAUGUGCUGGAUGACGCAGCAAGACGUCGAUUUGCCAUACUAUGCUUUCUUGUCGAUCAGUUUAGCUCAAUUCUUUCUGAAGCCUGAAGUGACGUAUCUUUACGUACAAAAAAUUCCGAAAGGGCCAUAUUUCGAGGCUAUCAGAAGCACUGUCAGUCUACAAACUGUUGAUUUCAACCAAAUCAACGGAAUAAGCGUAGACAUACCAGCACAUGCUGCCGACAUAGUUAGAUUUCUUGCUGUCUACAAGUAUGGAGGCGUCUAUCUUGAUGUAGACUUUCUUCUCCUACGCUCUUUACCUGAUCACUUGAAAACGGGCACGUUGACAGCAAUCGAGGAAAGUCAACAUGCCGUGUACAAUGGAUUUCUUUUUUCCGCACCACGUUCACAAGUCAUACUAGAUGUGUUAGAUAAUUAUAGUAGCAAUUAUGAUGGUAGUUGUUGGGCAUGUAAUAGCGUAAGGCAACUCAGAGGUUCCGCGACAAAAUUUGCCAGUGAGAUAGUACUUCUGCCGUCGGUCAUGGGAACAAAAUAUGAUGGGUACUCCGGAAUUCAUUGGGGUGAGGCAAACCAUACCUACGACGGAACUCACACACUUGGCAUACAUUUAUCAAAUUCUCAGAGAAGAUUGAAGACGGCAUGUAAGGACUGUCAACGAGAUAAAAUAACACCUGAACGCUUGUUAACGCGACGCAACGAGGUUUUGUCGUCGGCAAUGAUUCAAUUUUGCUCUCAACAUUAUUCGACAAUUCAGGAAAUGGACAGUUUUUCAAUUGGAGCUUUGUGCAAGUCGAUGAGCGUUGCUGGAUUGUUACAGACGCUGCCAAAACAACCCACACAAGUAACUACUUCCACCAGAAAUAUGAUAGUUUUAACGAAAAACAACCAAAGUGCCACAACGUCGUUUCUCUUUACGUAAUAUUGUAAAGUUAUGUCAGGUUUGUUCGUUUGAUUCCAUCGAACUACUUUACAGCAGUAUAGAGGCCUGCAGACCACUCCCACGUGAUAGCUAAGUACUUCACUACCAUCAAUAAAGUAGCACUUUGUUACCUGGC